UUAUAUCUCAAACAGUAUCAUCAAACAAUUGUAGCAGUGAGAGGGAUGAUUGUGAGUAUGUCCAGUUGUUAUUUAAUGACUCAAUGAGUGAAGGAGGAGAGGGAGAAACACCUGACUAUAGAUGUGGGUGGCUGACAUUCAAACCCGAUUGGCUGCAGAAAUUCAACACAACUGCAUGGGCUUUGGCCAUUAUUUCAUCCGCAGCAUUUUUACAAGGUGUAAUUGUAAAUGGGAUUUUACACUUGAUGAUUCCAACAAUUGAACACGGAUUUAACCUGCGAUCGUUUAAAUCUGGCUUGGUUUCUGGGGGCUAUGAUAUAGCUUCACUGUUAUGUUUGAUUCCCGUCACCUACCUGGGGGGACGACAUCACGCCUCCAAGCCGAAAUGGAUUGGAUUUGGAGUCUUCAUUAUGGGGAUUGGAGCUUUAGUCUUUUCAUCACCAUACUUCCUGACAAAAAGUAGUCACUUGGCGUACUUUCAAGAUUCGUCUGGAAUUUGUACUGAUAACGAAAAUACGAGUCAUAAGAACUGCGAUCAUAGUGACGGGACCCAUUUGUCCUCCUUCAUGUGGAUAUUUUUUAUCGGAAAUCUUCUCCAUGGUGCCGGAGCUAGCCCCCUCUUUACUUUAGGGGUAACUUUUUUGGACGAAUCAGUUGUGAAAAAGAAAACUGGAAUAACUAUAGGUGCAUAUUAUACUGCAGCAACCUUUGGGAUUGCCGUAGGUUAUGUGGUCGGAGGUUACUUCUUGCAGUUACCAGAAGACUUUUUGUCAGUCUCUGAAAAUGUGUUUUUAACUCCAGCAAGUAAAACAUGGGUUGGUGCUUGGUGGCUGGGAUUUGUAAUAUUUGGAUUCGCCAGUAUAAUCCUAUCCGUCCCUAUUUUAGCUCUGCCCGCACGAAUGCCAGGAUGGGAAGAAGCAAUUCAAUCAAAACUAUCAGAGUGUGUCGUAGGAAGAGAGAGGAAUGUGACGUACAGUAAACUGAAAGAGUUGCCUAAAGCUUUGAGUGAACUGAUGAGAAAUACAAGUUUGAUCCUGCUGAACUUUGCUGGCUGUUGCGAGGGCCUCAUAGUCGCCGGUUCUGGAGCUUUUGUUCCAAAAAUUAUUCAAAGCCAAUUCAACUUAUCAUCUAAAUCAACUGCCAUGAUUAUGGGUAUCAUUACAGUACCAAGUGCCAUUCUCGGAUGUAUGGUUGGAGGUGGGAUACUGAAGAAGUUUGACCUGAGGUUCAUCGGAACACUGAGGCUGUGUAUUGGUACUUGUAGUUUGUCGAUGCUGUGCGCCUUUUGUUUUCUCAUCUACUGCGCAGACGAAAAGAUGGUCGGAGUCAAUAUGCCCUACUACGCUGAUAGGAAAGUGAUACAGCUAUCAGACCCCUGUAAUGAGAAGUGUGGAUGCUCAGGGAAGGAGUUCAUGCCGAUCUGUGGGAUCAACAAUUUCACAUACUUCUCACCUUGUCAUGCUGGCUGCCACGGCUCCCAGACUACAGGAGACAUUACUCUCUACUCCAACUGCAGCUGUAUAGAGGAGGCUGGUGACAAUGGUGUACAGGCUACUACACAGCUCUACUCCAACUGCAGCUGUAUAGAUGAGGCUGGUGAUAAUGGUGUACAGGCUACUACACAGGUGUGCAAGUCUACUUGUCCGUUGUUGCCACUGUUCCUCAUCCUCAUCUGUAUAGAGGAGGCUGGGGACAAUGGUGUACAGGCUACUACACAGGUGUGCAAGUCUACUUGUCCUUUGUUGCCGCUAUUCCUCAUCCUCAUGUAUCUCUCUCUGUUCUUUACCUUCACUGCUGCCAUGCCUGCGCUCACCGCCACAUUGAGAUGUGUCAAAUCGGACCAGAGGUCCCUAGCGCUAGGGAUUCAGUGGAUGCUGGUGCGGAUGCUGGGUAUGAUCCCGGGACCUCUACUGUUUGGGAUCAUCAUCGACGGCACCUGUCUGUACUGGCACGCAGGAGCUUGCAGUGAGGGAGAGGGCUCCUGCAUCCUCUACGACCACUACUUGAUCAGCAGAUCCAUGGUUUUGAUGGGCUGCGGAUGGAAGAGCUUGGAAAUAAUUUUGUUUGCCCUUUCAAUAUAUUUUUAUAAGAAAGAUAUUCAGACUUCAACCUCUAGAAGUUGA